AACUUUAUUUUGGACAUUUCCGAGUAGCUGUGAACGCAGCACGGCGCACAGUUUUGUGCCACUCUUCUACUUCUUCUUCCACGAGGGAACCAUACCGAGCCACCUUCUCCCCGAGAAACGUAUUGAGGUUCUUUACCUCCUCCUUCUUCUCGUGAGCCUUUUUGAACCACUGAGCCGCCAACAUGGCUCGCAGCGGUUCCUCCCCGCCCCGAGCUCCACCAUGCCCAUCCUCAAGAACCUCCCGGUGCGCCUGAAAGGUGGCCCCACUUUGGACAACGCCUUGUUCAUUCGCAGAAUGAGCCUGAACAUCAACCCCCGCCACCACAACCCCUUUGACAAUGACGACGACGACAGCCGCGGCGACCAAUCCUGGUCGGCGGGCGGAUCUUUCCUGGACGGCAACGUUCCCGGGGACCGCAACCCCUUCGAGGACGAGGAGGAGGAGAACGAGGCCAACGAGGGCAAGAAAGCCAAAGGGGGCUCGGGGAAGGGAUCCUUCAUCAAGUCGCCCCUGAAGAGUUUGGGGAAGCUAGGGAAGAAUUUGAGGUUGUCGGGGCGAGGGAAGGAGAGCACGCCGUCGCCGCAGGGGACGCCGUCACCGGCGGACAAGAAGAAGAGAGGUCGCAGGAGCUCCGAAGGAAGUCUACUGAAGUUUGCAGGCAAAUAUCGUGACACCCUCAGCUUCCGUAAAGAGACUCUGGCCAACGGUGACGUCAAUUGCUCCGAGAGCGAGUGCGACUCGUCCAGCCGCCGCCUGUCCUUCAUGAAGAUGGUCGGCCUCGGCAAGACCAAGCGAGAGCUUGGGGCCGAUCCCUCCUUGCAGGGUCCCGAGGACCAGCUGGUGCGCAAGGAGCCCCAAGUGGAAGUCAAGCCCAGGGAGCCGCUGUCAGUGCUGGAGAUCCUUCAGCUGGUGAAGAAACGGGAUCUCCUCCUGGCCGACAGUCACAUCCUGGAGCUGGAGCAGGAGUGUAACGGGCCCGAGGGUGGCCCGUCCCCGGAGGAGUCGGGCAGCCCGGCUGGCAGCGUGAAGGACGGCGGGCGGCGGAAGGCCAAAGAUGUGGAGCUGCUGUACGAAGAGCUGCAGAAGGAGUUGUGGGCGGUGGUCCGGGAGUCUCUACGUUCGCCCACCGCCGGGCCUAACCUCGGCCUGGUGGUUCAGGUCCUGCAGCAGGAGGAGCUGGUAGAUGUGGACUGGUCCUCGACGGGCGGACCGAGACCGCGGCAACUGAAGCGGCGAUGGAGGGAGGCAGUGGAGGAUGCGGCCGAUGGAUCGCUUCCUCAAAAAGCUGAUUUCACAGCCGGGGAUCUGGCCAAGUACCUGGACCGCAUCCGGGCUCGCGUGGUGGACGACUUAGAUGCCGCUAAGAGGAACGUGGUCAACAUCUACCCCGAGGACUAUCAGGCGAUGCAGGUGUACUUACAAAGCUACCACCAGGCGGUUGCCAGGCGUCUGCAGGCCAUCACCAAGCAGCAGCUGCAGAUCACCGACAUUUACUCACUGCUGGACUGGCUACACAACAUAUAUAACAGGGAUGUUUUGGCAAAGGUGUGUGUGUCGGAUCCUUUGAGAGGCUCCCAGCUGGGACCUCUGCUUGCUUCGGAUGUCGUGGACAGGUUGGAACAAGACUGCCUCAACUCAGUCAGGGCUAAAGUGACCACCGAGUUGAGUCAAGUCCUGGACGAAGAGGAGAAGAGGUGGGUGGAGACACUGCACAUGGAGGAGUACCACAUCCCUCUGGCAAAAACCAUCAUACAGAGGAUGCAAGUUGAUCUGGAACGUUCCGCCACCAUCAACAGAAGUUUGGGCUCUCGAGUAGCUCAGUGCAGCCUCAACGGCCUGGCGGACUUCCUCUACAGUUUCCAGCGUAAAGUGGAUCUUUUUCACGAGGGGAUGCAGAACGGAAUGUUUGGAGAGCAUGAGGACGGCUAUGUAUCCAAAACCGUGGCACUUGUCAACUGCUGCCCACCUUUCAGAGGUUUCGUUCAGCGAUGCGUUCCUCGCGAGACAUUGACGACAGCCAGCGAUGAGUCCCUGCGGCGCGCCAACAAAGCGCUCGACCACAUCGUCCAGCAGGGGGUGCGAGUGCUCUCGGAACGCCUCUUCCUCCACAUCAGGCCCUUCUUUGAGCGCUUGGUGAAGAGAAAGUGGCUAAGCAACACGGAGGCGUACGAACAAAUCGAAGCGGUGAUCAAGGAACACUUUAAAAAAUAUCACAGGAUGGAUGAACCACCUUACCAGCUCCUUGUGGCGGAAGUUCACCGGCGUGUCCUGAUGGAGUACCUUCGCUCGGUAAUGCGAGGGCGGAUCAUCUGCACGUCGCUGAAGAAGAGGAAGAGGAUGGCCGGACGGCUCCGGGAUGAAGGACGGCAGAUUAAAGUGCUCUUCAAGGAUCUGGAGUCUCCGUCAAGCUGGUUGGAUGGAGCUCUGUCUCACAUCUCGGAGAUCAUCCAACUCGAGGAUAUUCCCUCUAUUCAGAUGGAGGUGGGAGUUCUUGCCCGAGAGUUUCCAGACAUCAGGAAGAAGCACGUGUCGGCCAUUUUGAACAUCCGCGGCAUGACGCGACAACGCGAGCGCCAGGAAAUCCUCAACAUCGUCAAGGACAUCGAGAGCGGCGCGGGGGCGGGCGACGGAGGCACGGGCACAGAGGGCGGUGCCGCGGGUCCUGCCCGUAUUACCCGGGACCGCGCCCUCUUCUCCGAGGUGCCUGUGACUUCCGAGGUUCACUGCCUGAACGUGGGCCUGAGCCGCGUGGCCCUCGCCGCCUCCUCCUGCUACGCUACACUGCGACCCCGUGGACGAAAGGCUCGGACGUCGACGCACGACAAUGGCGAUGACAUGCUCUGAAGUGGAGGCGAGAUCGCAAAGACUUUUGGAAAGCUUUCUUUUGGAUGAGAUUCCUCCACAAUUUCUUUUUCUCCUCAAGCCACCUUCAUGGUAAACUAAGCAAAGCUAAACUUUUCUGAAAGGCUUUAAGAAUGAACCACAUUAAAGAAAGAAAGCUAGCUAAUGCCUUUUUUAAAUGGAUGCAAUAAUAAGGAGCUUUUGUGGCAAACUACACUUCUUGACGCUUCCCAAUGUCUUAGAGGAUUAUUUUAAUGUGACUGAUAAUGAGAAUUCUUCUUUUUAUCAUCAUUCUUAACUUUCUUGGGAGCACUUUAGCCAGCAGGAUCUCUGUCUUUCUUUUUCUUCUCAUUUAUAUUGUUGCACAUGAAAAAGAGAAUGCUUAGAAAUAUGAAUCAUGGUACUAGAUGACGUCAUAUUGAUUGUAUUUAAAACUGAGAUGGAAGGGAAUGUGUAACCCACAUAUAAAUGAUGUUUGGGUGGUUAAUUAUGAUCAGUAAUUGAGAUGUAGUGCAAAAACCCCCACAGAAAAAACAAAUUAACUGACAUUCUAAUGAUUACCUUUUAUUGUACACGCAGAUUUGUACACAGCAAAAACUGGAGUGUUGAAAUUUCAGGGUUAAACAUGUCAGAGUUGAUUUCAACUCUCAAAGUGUCAUUUUAACACAUUCUGAUUAAAAUGGUGUUCAGUGUUGGAGUUAUUUAACAGAGUUAUUCCAACCUAAGCAAAUCAACUCUGUAGAGAUGUAAAGUGCAUCUCGGCCGAGUUAACUUGCUUGAUAGGCCCCUGGGCUUCAGUCCAGGUAACCCCAUGUGUUAUGCCCCUGGGCUUUCAGCAGGGUGAACCCGUGCAUCAAUCAAUAGUCUCCUGUGCGUGGUGGCGUGGUCAACCGUCGUUUAUUUCGCUGCUGGAAUCAGGAAUGGAUGCGGAGUUGGACUUUUACACGAGAAAAAUGUUGAUCCAGGUUCGGUAUUGCCAACAGCAGAAGUAUGUGAAGUUGGAUGAGGUUGAUGGAUGUUUUGAUUUUGUGCAGUUCCAUGACAAAGUCAUCGAGAGAUUUUGCCUGCCACCUGACGCAAAAUUAGUGUACAAAGAUGCAACAGGGACAGAAGUUGAUGAGGACAUUUUCAGUGACCUUGUCAGCCAAGGCAAUGUGACUCUAUCAGUUUUCUCAAAUGACGAAUUUUCCGAUUGCUCCUUGUCCUCUCCAUCCGAUUAUUCUGAUUCAAGCUUCAGUUCAUGUGCAAGUACAUCAACUAUACUCCUAGAUGAGGUUCCUAGGAAGAAACCAAGACUUGAGGGCCCACUUACUGCAGCAUCUGCUAGAAAGUUGAUUGAAGAUGUCCUUGGUACCAGCUCAGGUGGUGAAGAGGUCCUCCAAGAGUAUCACACAACAAAAACUCUAACAGAUGCUACCAGAAGAAAGUUGGUCAAUAUAAUAGUGGCACACAUGAUUGAUAAACACGGGCAACUCCCCAGCAAAGCUGUUCGAGAAGAGUACGCUCUUGGGAUAGUGACAGUGUUCCCGUCCCUCAAAGACCCAUACUCCAAGAAAGGCUAUGAACAUUUCUAUGAUGCUGCAAGCAGCACCGGAUACAUUUCUUGGCGUCUGAAAACGAUUCAGAGAAAGAUUCGAAGAGGACAUGCAUCUACAAGUAGCCCCACUGGCUUUUCCCCAGGAGGAGGAGGCCCAAAUGUGCGCAGGUCCAUUGUUGUUGACCAGCAGCUUGAUGGGGAUGCAUACCAGGAAGCCAUCUCCUUGCUCAACCAUACAACAGACAGUUCCGUAAUUUUUCUGAAGAUGAGAGAGACCUUUCAGAAUCGCCAAAAACUCAUCCACGACUCAGACAAAACUCAAGAUAUCUUCUCCAUCUUCCCAAGAUUCCUGGAUACAAAGGGAUUGAUGAAUCAAGACUUCACACUCCUGUUUGAAGAGGAGGUUUCCAACCUGCUGCUCCAGAAAUGGGAUCCGUUCUUCAGAGAUAACGUCAUCAAAGAGGCCAAGCGGCUCACCCCAACACCUGAGCUGCGCCGAAUGCUGCAGGCCGCAGAGUCUCCAGGAAGUGAACUUGAUGAGGCACCAAUUGGGUUAAAGUCGAUGGUGUUGAGUACAAAGGUGGACUUGUUGUUUGCAGUUCCAUGGAGGAAGACAUGCCAGUCUUUUGUCAAAUAGAUGAUGUACUUCUGGUUGAAGAUGACGUUUAUUUUUUGACAAAAAAGCUAUUUACAGAGAUGUUUGUUGAACACCACCAUGCCUUCAAAGUUUUACCCUCAUGUUUUAACUGACUGCAUUGGGGGAAAAGUUAAAAUAAAUUGUGUUUUUGAAAAUGCAUUUUUCUUGGAAUUGUCAUUUUAAUGGUUGUAUUGUACUGUUUUUUUUUUUUUAACUAUGUAGUGUCAAUUUAACCCAAUUUAGGAAGUUAAAAAGGAGCUUUGAUAUAAUGUAAAUCGAUAGUGUUAAUUUAACCCAGUUUAGAGAGUUAAAAAGGAACUCUGAUAUAGUGUUAAUGUAACUCGAUAUAGUGUUAAUUUAACACAGUUUAGGGAGUUAAAAAGGAACUCUGAUAUAGUGUUAAUGUAACUCGAUAUAGUGUUAAUUUAACACAGUUUAGGGAGUUAAAAAGGAACUCUGAUAUAGUGUUAAUGUAACUCGAUAUAGUGUUAAUUCAACCCAGUCUAGGGAGUUAAAAAGUAACUCUGAUAUAGUGUUAAUGUAACUCGAUAUAGUGUUAAUUCAACCCAGUCUAGGGAGUUAAAAAGUAACUCUAGGUAUAGUGUUAAAUAAUUAACUAUUUUGAAAGUGUUAAUUUAACUCUGUAGAGUGUGGAGCUAUAUAAACCCGCAAAAAGUGUUAAAAUUGACUCUGUGGGAGUUGAUUCAACACUCCAGUUUUUGCUGUGUAGUUGGAAUUUCAGAGAUCAAAAGUGGAAAAUACGAUUUUAACUCACAUAAUUUAUUCGUAGUGAACGACAUUGAUUCUUGUCAAUGGAAAUAUUUGCUGUUGAUAAACAUUCCGCUGAAAAUUAAGAGCGAGUUACUCAGUAGCUAUCUGCCCACCAUUAGGCACUUUUUCCAAGAUAAAACCUUAAAUGAAAGUUUACUGACUCCUCUUCUGUUGACUUUGUAUAUGUGGAUUUAUGUAAAUUGAUUAACGGCAAUAAAAACAGAUUCUGUCUAUCAAA